UGCUUGCUUUCCUACAGCCCGACCUUUAAUGCGCUUCUGCCGCCGAAAGCGCUCCGGACAGCAGGAAAGACUAACAGUGGACGGAUCUUCUCUGUCGGGGCUGACUCAAGGAUCUAAAAUAAAAAAAACAAGGUCAUUCAUCGUGAGGGAGAGUGGAGGAAUACGGCUGCCUCUGGUCCCAGAAACCAUGGACGGACUUUACUUUGACGUGAAACCCAAAGGAGGAGAAGCCCGGAGACCACAGAGCCCUGAGAAACCGCGUCACCAUCUGACCCCGAACCACCACUCCUGCCCCUCCCUCUCACGCCUCAACUCUGGUGCUCAGAGUCCCCGGAAAUGGGCAGGUGCCUGGGAGAGGGGCGCGCCGUGGAGGGGACAGGCGGACGAGGAAGAAAUAAGAUACCAACUGACCAUGAUCGGCUUUAGGGUGGUCCACCACCUGACCACCAUGGCCAUGCUGCCCUGGGUGGUGGCCGAAAUCUGCAGCUCUGCAAAGAAGGAUGGCAGUGCUGGCAAACGUCAUGGAGGUGGAGGAGGUGGUCCUUCAUGCAGUAAUAAGACAGUGUUUCUGUGCGUGUCUGCGUCCUGGGUGCGGUCUGUGUCCGUUCUGGCAGAGCGAAAUCUCUGGGACCCUCUGACGCACACCGUCCUGUUCGAAUGCCGUCCUCAUCAAGUGACCAAGUUGAUUCACAACAGCCAGGAGCCCAGCAUCUUUGCCUGCCUGGUCAGAGACUCGCUGAAGUGUGCCUGCUACGUCUUCCAGUGCCUGGACAGCACCAAGGUCCCUGAGAUCAUCAGUACGUUGAGGCAGGCCGGCAAGAGCUCAGCGCGCAGCAAUGACGUCAGCGCAGACUCCGUAAAGACGUCCACGAGCUCUGAAGGCAGCGACUCUUCAGAGACAUGCCUCUCCUCGGUCUCCACCACAUCAACCUCCGCCGCCCCGGCCGUGUCCCCAACCACGUUUGCUAAGAAGUUUGAGGUACUUUUCUGCGGCAGAGUGAGCGUCGCUCACAAGAAAGCCCCGCCCGCCCUAAUAGACGAGUGCAUCGAGAAGUUCAGCCAGCUGCAUAGCUCGGGGACAACGGAUAAAGGAGGAGGGGGCUUGGUGGACGGGCUGAAGAGGGCGUUCACCUUCCCGUCCGCUGGACUGGGAAAUGGUUCUGUCCGGAACGGUACAGCGGGGAGCGCCCCCUCUGGGUCUGGCUCUGCUCUGUACAAGAGAGACUCCAGCUUCCCAAACCUGCACCUGGACGAGAACGGCCUGUCCCCUGAAAUAUCUAACAACAACACUACAGAUCCGAUCACCUCCUCCACUACGGUGCAGCCGACCAGCCUGCAGGAGAACAGGACCAUGCUGUUUACGGUGGGCAAAUCCCAGAUCUUCUUGGUUAGUCCAGACACUAAGAAAGUUGCCAUAGAAAAGAGUUUCCGAGAAAUCUCCUUUUGCUCCCAGGGAAUUCGUCAUGUGGAUCACUUUGGCUUCAUUUGCAGAGAAACAGCAGAAGACGGAAGCUGUUAUUUUGUUUGCUAUGUCUUCCAGUGUACCGAUGAAUCAUUGGUGGAUGAGAUCAUGCUGACUUUGAAGCAGGCGUUCUCAGUGGCUGCCCUGCUGCAGAAUGCAAAGACCCAAAGCCAGCAGUGUGACAGCUGCCCUAUCCAGCACCUCCACAGGCUGUGUGAGAGAAUAGAAGGUCUGCACCCUACCAAAACAAAACUAGAGCUUCAGAAGCACUUGGCCACUUUAGACAAUGACGAGCAGGCUUCAGUCUUUGAGAACACUAUGCGGGCUCGUCCUAAGAGUGACCAGGAAGAAAACGAGCUAGUGAUGGCCUCUCUGAGGAAUCUGUAUGAGGAGAAACAGAAAGCGCAUCAGCACUCUUUGCCUGAUAACAGCAAACAGGUGUCUGAAGAUGCUGCCCCGGCACUCCAGGAGACUCAGCAGCAGAGCAGCAGCCGGCAGCGGCUGGAGCAGUUCAAGACCAGAGCAAAGCGCUCGCUCACCGAGUCCCUGGAAGGCAUCUGGAAGGGAAGCAGCAAGGCCAGACCUCAAAGGGAGAGCAGCCAGGGGAGUGAGGGCAGCUCUUCUACUUGUGCUGCCAGCAGUAGCAGAGGCCAGCCCUGCUUCCAGGACCCCCUCACCUCCUCACCUCAUGUACGAGCCACCAGCCCACUCAGAGGCCACAACUCCACGGGUGACCUGAAGCUCCUGGACUCUCCUCCUCUGUCAUCGUCCUCCUCUCUACCCGGGGAGCCCGAGCCGCAGGUCUUCCGCCGGCGGGCCAGCACCUUCAGUCAUUCCCCCACCCCCUCCUCCGGUCUGGACGACUCCCCCCUGUACAUGCGGACCCACACGGCGCAGGAACCGAGUGCCGCUACCAAGCCCAAGCUCGUACGACACUACUCUGUCAGCACAGACACCCCUCACCACAGCAGAAAUCUUCCCGCCGACUCCACCCUUCCUCCUCUCCCUCACUUUCCUUCAUUCCAUUCUCCUCUCCUCCUCCAUCACCCCUCCUCACCUUCAGCGGGAGCUCGUCUCAAUAAGAGAAGCCCUCUGGGUGGUCUCCGCGCCCGUCUGCACUCCUCGUCCUCUGUCCCUAACUUUCUGAAAUUUCAGUUUCUGGCACCCGUGCACGAGAACGAUUGUCCCGAGCCAAAAAGCAGGGAUGUAGCAGCUCUCUCUACGGCGAGAGCAGCAUGCGUCGCCGGGGAGAGUCCGCCGCGGAGCCACCGGCAUUCCUGGAGGCAGCAGAUCUUCCUGCGGGUUGCUACGCCUCAGAAAGGCGCCGACACAAGCGAGCGGGUGGAUCCAUGUCUAGAAGGGGGUCUGAUAUGCGUGGGCCAGGUGUCGGGGGUGGGAAGCGGAGACUCGUCCAUGAGAGCAGUGCCAGAGGAGGGGACGAAGAGGAGCAAAGAGGAGCUGAGGGAGUUGUGGAGGAAGGCCAUCCUGCAGCAGAUCCUGCUGCAGCGAAUGGAGAGCGAGAACCAGAAACUGCAAGCCUCUGAGAGCGACCUGCAGAACAAGCGCCUGAAGCUGGACUAUGAAGAAAUCACUCCAUGUCUGAAGGAGGUCACUGUGGUGUGGGAGAAACUCCUGAGUACACCUGGCAGAACAAAAGUCAAGUUUGACACAGAGACUAUACAUGCUGCAGUUGCACAAGGCGUCCCGAGGCAGCAUCGAGGUGAGAUCUGGAAGUUCCUCUCGGAGCAGUUCGUCCUCCGGCAGACGGUUCCCUGUCGCCCCCCCUCCAAUCACUCUCCAUACAAAGAGCUGCUGAAGCAACUCACCUCGCAGCAGCAUGCCAUCCUCAUAGACCUAGGUCGUACUUUCCCCACUCAUCCAUAUUUCCAGGCUCAGCUGGGUGCAGGGCAGCUCUCGCUGUUCAAUAUACUGAAAGCCUACUCACUGCUGGACCCCGAGGUGGGCUACUGUCAGGGUCUGUCCUUCAUUGCCGGAGUGCUGCUUUUACACAUGGGGGAGGAGGACGCAUUCAACAUGCUCAAAUUUCUCAUGUUUGAUGUCGGGCUACGCAAGCAAUACAGGCCUGACAUGAUUAUCCUGCAGAUUCAGAUGUACCAGCUGUCUCGGCUGCUUCACGACUACCACCGGGAUCUGCACAGCCACCUGGAGCAGCAGGAGAUCGGCCCCAGCUUAUACGCCACCCCCUGGUUCCUCACGCUGUUCGCGUCUCACUUCCCCCUCGGCUUUGUGGCCCGUGUCUUCGAUAUGUUGUUCCUCCAGGGGUCAGAGGUCAUCUUCAAAGUGGCCCUGAGCCUGCUGGGAAGCCACAAGCCUCUGAUCCUGCAGCAUGAAAGCCUGGAGUCCAUAGUGGACUUUAUCAAGACCACGCUGCCCAACCUAGGCCUGGUCCAGAUGGAGAAAACCAUCAACCAGGUCUGUGAGAUGGAUGUGUCCAAGCAGCUGCAGGCCUAUGAGGUGGAGUACCAUGUGCUGCAGGACGAGCUGCUGGACACGCCCCCGACCCUCAACCAGCAGCAGAGAGCUGCACAGCUGGAGAGGACCAAUCAGAGCCUCCGCCAGCAGAACCUGGACCUGUUAGAGGAGCUGCAGGUGUCCCACGCACGGGUCUGCAACCUGGAGGGUCGAGUGGAGGCCCUGGCCCAGUCCGAGGGCCGGCUGAAGGAGCAGGUCUCUGCUCUGGAAGAAGAAAAGCAGCAGCUGGCGAGCACCGUCGCACACCUCCAGAAGCUCCUCACCGGCCUGGGCAUAAACGCCGACCUCGACGGACAGACGCUCCCCUGACCGCCUGAGAGACGGGCCGCGGUUUCCCAGCUGGACGGCAGGACGGUGGACUCUGUCCGGUGUGAAUGUUGAUCGCUGCGUGUGUCCACUGUUAGGAAUGACGUCAUCUGCAGGAAGAGCUAACUGUGAAAGCCCAAAUGAAGAAGUCGUCGAAUGACUCUCACGCCUCCAGAAUAUUAGUUAGAUGAGAUAAGAGGAGGUUUGGUGGAACGCGUAAAGGAAUAGCAGAGAGAUGCCGGAUGGGGCGGGCCUUCCCUUUAACGGAUAUGAACAGAACCCCGCAGGGGACGGCAAUGAGGGGUAGAGACAGAAGGUCAGACAGAUUCUCACCUGCCUGUGUGUGUUCGUGUCAUAAAGAAGGUUUUACACGUUGAUUUAUUGUUGGAUGUGAGGAGGCUAGACUGGCCAAAGAGCUGCUUCAUGCUUUAGUUGGAGGAACAAAGACUCCUCUCUACAGUAUUCUGAGACAUCAUCACUGUUAAGCAAAGUGGGUCCUAAAGAGCACACCAGAACAAACCGUGCUACGGGUAGUCAGCCUCAUGUGAAUUUGACAUCUGGAUCGCGGUGCUGCUGAAAUACGUCGAGGUGAGGAGGGUGAGCUAGGUUCAGCUUCUCUUCAGUCCUUUCUCUGCAGUUCUAGUUUAGCUUCCUGGCCGUGUGCAUUUUAACUUGGUUUAGCGACAGCAGCUCACAGGAAGAGCGACACAAUAUAUCCAGUCCAUUUCACAUCCUGUUUUUCACCUCUGAAGACACUUGGAUUCGUCUGCGAGGAUGGGGGGGGGAGUUGUGAGACGGUAGCUCUCCCCCCCGUCCUGGACGGGGGCCGGGCCUAAGCAGGUUCCUCUGAGUUGUUGCCAAACGCCGCUGGGGUGCGAAGCCGGCGCCGCUGAGACAAUCCGUAGGGCGUAAAUGUUUUACUGUAUUUUCCCCCCCGACACUGAACUCCUCGGACCCGAGCUGCAGCUUGGUGCGUCUGUACGCGAACGUCUGAAUGUUACUGUUUCUUGUGCACUUCACUGAUCCCC